AUGGCCGGCGGCAAGGGAAAGUCUGGCGGAAAGACGUCCGGAGGCAAGGCUGCACCCGAGGUCCCCAAGAAGCAGCAGAGCCACUCUGCUCGCGCUGGUCUCCAGUUCCCCUGCGGUCGUGUCAAACGUUUCCUCAAGGCCAACACCCAAAACAAGAUGCGCGUUGGCGCCAAGGCUGCCGUCUAUGUCACCGCCGUUCUCGAGUAUCUCACUGCCGAAGUCCUCGAGCUCGCAGGCAACGCCGCCAAGGAUCUCAAGGUCAAGCGUAUCACUCCCCGCCACCUGCAGCUCGCCAUCCGUGGUGACGAGGAGCUCGACACUCUGAUCCGUGCCACCAUCGCCUUUGGUGGUGUCCUGCCACACAUCAACCGCGCGCUUCUCCUCAAGGUGGAGCAGAAGAAGAAGGCCAAGGCGCUCGAGGCAUAA